AUGUUACGUAAGUCAAUCACAGCCAGCUAUGGAGAUUCCAUCAGUGAAGUCAAGCCGCAGCACUUGUCAUCACUGGUGCUUCACCGCAGCAAAAGAAUGGUGUUGGACAGCAUCGGAGUUGGUCUCAUUGGCAGCACUACAGACGUGUUUGAAUUGGCCCUGCAGCACUGCCAGCACAUGUAUGCUCCUGAUGACAUCAGCUCUGUUUACGGACGCAGAGGCAGCAGGCUCUCCCCCACACUGGCUGCUUUCGUCAAUGGAGUGGCUACUCACUCCAUGGACUUUGAUGAUACAUGGCACCCUGCCACUCACCCCUCAGGAGCGGUCCUCCCUGCUGUGUUAGCGCUCAGUGACAUGAUGCCUACAAAACCCAGUGGCCCUGACUUCCUGCUGGCAUUCAACGUCGGCAUUGAGAUCCAGGGCAGAUUGAUGAGGUUCUCUCAUGAGGCCCACAACAUCCCUAAGAGGUUUCACCCUCCAAGCGUUGUGGGGACCAUGGGGAGUGCAGCCGCCUGUGCUCGCCUCUUGUCUUUAGAUCACUCCCAGUGCAGUCAUGCCUUGGCUAUAGCUGCUUCUCUCUCUGGAGCUCCAAUGGCUAAUGCUGCCACUCAGUCCAAACCCCUUCACAUCGGUAAUGCCUCACGUUUGGGGCUGGAGGCUGCUUUGCUGGCCUCCCGGGGCCUCGAGGCAAGUCCUCUGGUCCUCGAUGCUGUUGCUGGUGUGGCCGGCUUCGAUGCCUUUUAUGAAGACUAUGUGCCCGAGCCUUUAGAAUCCCCCAAUGACGGCCAUGUGUUCCUGCUAGAGGAGCAGGACAUGGGCUUCAAGCGCUUCCCGGCCCAUCUGGGGAUGCACUGGGUAGCAGAUGCUGCCGCCUCGGUCCAUAAGCUUCUCAUGGGGUUGGGCCCUGGCACUGUCUCCCCAUCUCAAGUCCAAGACAUCCUGCUCAGAGUCCCCAAAUCAAAGUACAUCAACAGGCCAUUCCCCGAAUCUGAGCAUGAGGCACGCCACUCCUUCCAAUUCAACGCUUGCAGCGCUCUCCUGGAUGGCAAAGUGACCGUGCAGUCCUUCACUCCGGCUGCUCUGAGGCGCCCAGACCUCCUCGCUCUGCUGAGUCGUGUUCGCGUGGAGCAUCCCCAUGACAACCCUGCUAAUUUCAACAGCAUGUAUGGGGAGGUCCAGGUUACACUUGUUGAGGGACACAUUUUGAAGGGACGCUGUGACACUUUCUACGGUCACUGGCGUAACCCGUUGACCAAUGAGAGCCAGAAGAAGUUCAGAAACAACGCGGGGGUGGUGCUUCGCUCAGAGCAGGUGGAGGGGCUGAUUGAUGUGGUGGGGGGGCUGGACACACUUGGGGACUGCAGCGACCUUCUCUCACAGCUGCAAUGA